GUUUGCAAAGCUUCAAUCUUAGCUUUUAAUUCCCAUCUGACUCAUAAUUUCAUAGAUAUCACCGUAAAAAUAAGCCUUUUAGCAAAAAAUCACCUUCAUAGACAUCAAACCAUUAUUGAAUACAAAAUAUGAAGAAAAAUAAUAUUACAGGAUUGAGCCACCUUGCUAUCCACAAUAGCCACAGACAUCCAAGAUGGGCAUAUCAAAGCGCCUGUGUGGAUCCCAGUGCUCCUCAACCUCAAAGUACAAGUGUGGCAAUGUUUGGAGGCAUGGUACGAGGUUCAGGCAUCGUAGGAGGCGGUCCUAGUCAUGGCGCUGAUGUCCCCGGCAAUCCUCUGUUUGACAGACAUAACGACAUCAUGCCCCAGGGUGCCAUGUCCGCAGUUAUCACAAGAGAUACCGUCACAAGCAACGCGUUUGCCAAUGGAGACGGAGGCAUUGAUGGAUUGGCUGCAGGUCCUGGAGGUCAGAUUGGACUAGAGGAUGCAGGAUUGGAUGGUGUUAAUGGAGGGGUGCCUGUUGGUGCAGGUGGACCAGUGGGAAGUGGGGUACAAGGUGAUCUUGCAGGUGUGCCAGAAGUGGGCGGAAACAAGGAGGUAGCUUCAUUUGCUGAAGAACCUAGCGAAGUAGACGUUCCAAGCCGUGUGCCUGCUGGUUCCGAUAGAGUACCGAAGAAGAAAAAGCCCUCAGCGCCUACUCCUGCAUCCUCAGAAGAAGACGAUGAUGGUGGAAAUGAUUCUUUUCCCUUCAAUCUUGGCGGAAGAAAAGGUAUCCCAACAUACAACGCGUUCUUCCCAAUACACAUCAGCAGCGGUUCACUGACUAGGUCCCGCCAACGCAGUGGCAGUUCAACAGCUGGUGCUUCGGACGAAGAAGACGCUGGACUGGGUGGAUCUGGAUCAGCUACAGCCAUUGCAAACUCAUUUUCCACUGGCAGGGGUGGGGUUGCAACUAGCCAUGCCACUUCCUUCGGCGAUCCUUAUCUAGCUGCCAUGCUUGCAAAGAAUGGGUUGUUCAACUUCCGAUCGAAACCAGGAAAAUCAGAAGCUUAGGCGUGUUACAUAUUAGAGCACUAAUUUAUUGAUCAUAGUAAUAAAUAAACGAAUUGAUAAACGUAG